CCGCUCUGACUACAGAAAGAGGUCACUUGCAGAGCUAUGGAGAGAAGAGUUUUGGCUUUGAGGCAACAAGUAAGGAAGCAUGCACCGAAGAAGGAGAAUCUGGACCCGAGAAAAUGGGUGAGACCUGAGACGGUGAGGAACUUGACUGACUUCAUACUCAACAAGGACACAGACAAAGACACGGACAAAAGCUUCAACAACAAAGAGAUGUUGCUUGAGACAGAGAAGCAGUACAUUGAAGCUGCAAAGAGGAACGAUGUGGAGACCAUGAAGACCCUUGGGAGGCGGGUGAAUGCCAAUGCAAAGAAUGUGCAUGACAGGACUGCCCUUCACUAUGCAGUGGCUGGCAAAAAUGUAGAAGCUGUGCAGCUACUUCUACAGCGCAGGGUCAAGGUGGAUCAGAAAGACAAGUAUGGAGUGGUACCCAUUCACUUGGCUGCUUGGUUUGGCAGUUUGGAAAUCAUGAAACUGUUAGUGCAGGCUGGAGCUGAGCAGAAGAUUGAGAAUGAGGAAGGACUGAAUAUAAUGCACUAUGCUGCCAUCAACAACCACACUGAGAUUCUAGAGUACAUUGUUGAAGACCUACAGAUGAAAGAAAUGGACAAAGAGGACGAGUCAGGACGCAGACCAUUUGCACUGGCUGCAGAACAUGGCUGUGUCAAAAUGCUGGAGAUGCUGAUGGAACAAUCUUACAAUAUGGCAACCAUGAAGCCCAACAAGAGCGGUGACACGCCCCUGCAUUUAGCUGCCAAGAACGGCCACCUGGACGCCGUCCAACUGCUGCUGCAGAGCUUUGAUACCCGUGAUGAAGUCAAUAUGGCUGCUGAGACAGCUCUGUACCAGGCUGCAGAUGGCGCGUAUGAGGAUUGUGCUCUGGCCCUGCUGGAGGCUGGCUGUGACCCCAACAUCAUCACCACGGCCAAAUGCAGUGCUCUCCAUCCAGUUUGUGAGAGAGGUGACACAUCACUGCUGAGACUCCUCCUAGAUCACCAAGCCCAGAUGGACUUUCAAAAUCAGCACCUAGAGGCUCCUCUCCACCUGGCAGUGAAGAACUGUCACAUCCCUGUCAUCCACUCUCUACUGAUGGCUGGCUGCAACAUCAAUGUUACUGAUAAGAGGUCCCAGACUGUGAUGCAUGUUGCAGCAGAGCUGGGCAGAGUAGAUGUAGUGGAAAUGCUUCUCAAAGCUGAGCUGGAUCUGACAAUCCAGGAUAGGCAGGGUAAGACAGCUCUAGGUGUGGCAGCCAGAGCAGACGAGCCUAUCAUUGUGGACAUGAUCAUCAAAGCAGAAAGAUACUUCGCAUGGAAGAAGGCCAACACUGAGAUUAAUGAGAGUCUUCACAGCCAGUCCGCGCUAACAUUUAAACUGGACCACCGCUCUGAGACCAAGGAGUUCCGUUCUGUGGCUUGGCAGCUGGCGUACCAGCUCCUGAAACCAGGCGACUGGAAAAGACUGGCAGAACAUUGGAAGUUCACUAAGGAGCAAGUGGCAGCCAUCGAGGAGCAGUGGACAGGGCAGCAGAGCUAUCGUGAGCAUGGGUACAGGAUGCUGCUGAUUUGGCUCCAUGGGGUGGAGUUGGCUCAACAGAGUCCUGCCAAAGAGCUCUACCAUGGCCUCAUCUUCACAGGCAACACCAAGGCUGCAGAUAAGAUGCGGAUGGAGGCAGAGAGUGGCAGCAAUAAGAGCUGCAGCAUUUCAUGAGGAUGAGCAUUGUAAUGGAUGGACUAGGGAUCGAUCAAUUAUCAGGGCCGAUAUUCAGAACUUUUCAAUAAGUAGAAUCAUAAUAUUGACAGCAGAACAAAAGCGAGUAGAUGGGGCAGUGUGUCUCAUAAUAUGGUUACAAUUUUCAUGUCCCUGCUUUCCAUUUCCUUCACUGGGUUUCUUUAUACUAAUGCCAUGUUAGUUAAACAUUUGUUAAUUCAAGGUGGGUUUUUGUUGGUGUUUAUAAUACUGUAAAUGUUGACACUGCAAUUGUCAAGUUUACAACAAAUGAAUAUCAGUUAUUGGUGUCCUGGAUUACUAAUAAUUGAUAUUGGUAUCGGCCCUGAAAAUCAAUGAGGGUCGA